AUGGCAAACAUAUAUACGCUAAAUGAAAUAAAUAAUGGGACACCCUUGGUAUCUGGCAAUAAACUUGGAGAUUCACCAUUUAAUAGUUAUCCAUCUAGCCGAACUGAGCUUGAGAACCAACGUUUAAAACAUGAUCUAGAUAUCGCUUUAAGCUUAGGUAUUCAGCUUGGCACUAGAAACAGUCUCUUGAUAAAAAAUAAUGAGAGUUUUUCAGAGCGUGUAUGCCAGCUUGAAGAUGAGGCGAGAGAAUUCAAAAAUGAGAUUAAUCAAAAAGAGAUUUCUCUUGCAAGUACUAAGAGCGAGAUCGCUACAAAAUUAGAAGAGAUACAAGCUCUCAAAUAA